UAUUAGAUACAGCAAAAGAGAAAGUAUCAGCAUCAGAAUCAAAAAUAAAUGAUGUAAGGUCUUGUUUAAAAGAAAUUUUAGCCAAAAAACAAAUAACAAUGCAAAGCAUCAAAGGCCUUGAGAUAUUUGUAGAUGCAUCAACUACAGGUUGGUCUGCUACAAUAGAAGAAAAAUGUGCAUUCAGAAAUUGGGAAAACAACCAUAGACAUACAGAUAUCACUUUCCUUAAAUCAAUGGCAAUGUUACUUAGUCUUGAGUCAUUCACACCUACUAUUGCCCACCAUCACAUCACU